AUGUUCGAAGCCAGGUUAAUACAAGCGGAUAUAUGGAAAAAAGUCAUAGAUGCCAUCAAGGAUCUUGUCCAGGAAGCAACCCUUGAUUGCACUGAAAAUGGCAUCAGUCUGCAAGCCAUGGACAACGCCCACGUGAGCCUGGUGUCAUUGCUGAUGCGUAGCGACGGUUUCGAAACCUACCGAUGUGAUAGAAAUCUGUCGUUGGGCCUUAAUAUUACUAGCGCAUCUAAGAUCUUACGCUGCGCUAGUGGUACUGAUGCAGUAACACUGAGAGCCGAAGAUAAGGCCGAUACGUUGACAUUCGUAUUUGAAUCCAAAAACCAAGAAAAGUCGUCUGAAUUCGAGAUAAAGCUGAUGGAUCUAGAUACUGACCACUUGGGCAUACCUGACACCGAUUAUAAGUGUAUUAUACGAAUGCCGUCUGCCCAAUUACAAAGAAUAUGCCGCGAUUUAAGUCAAAUAGGUGAUUCCGUUGUAAUAUCAGUGGCAAAGGAUGGUGUGUCGUUCAGCUCGACUGGUGAUCUCGGCACAGGAAACAUUAAAGUCUGCCAGUCAUCCAACUGCGACAAGCCUGAGGAGUCAGUCACAAUUGAGAUGCAUGAGGCUGUAAGCAUGACGUAUUCUCUGCAUUAUUUCAACAUAUUCACGAAAGCUGCUCCACUGUGUCCUCAGGUUGUAUUAUCUCUGACGGAGAACGUACCAGCAGUUGUUGAGUUCGGUAUUGAAGACCUGGGAUACGUACGUUACUAUUUGGCACCGAAGAUUGAAGAUGAUGCUGAUUAA